GGAUAUAAUUGACACUGAUAAGAGCUGAUACAAAGAGGACCAUACCUGCUCGACACCUGCGCUUCUCGUUGACCCCGCCUCGCUGUAUAAGGCGUCCCUUGAGCCACUGCAAGCUCGAUCGCAGCAAGUAAACUCAGGAAUGUAUGGUUAUCCCCCGCCCGCUUACGGCGCGCCACCAGCGGGAUAUGGAGCGCCCGCGGCGCCAUCGCCAUACGGUGCAGCACCUCCAUAUGGAGCCCCUCCGGCGCCUGCGUAUGGAGCCUACGGAGCGCCCCAGCCGGCCUAUGGCGCGCCACCGGCCCCGGCAUAUGGAGGAUAUGGAGCGCCCCCGGCUCCAGCCUAUGGGGCACAGCCUGCUUAUGGGACACCAUAUGGAGCUCCCCAAGCCACUUCAGCCUAUGGCGCACCGCCGCCUGCCGCAACCCCGGCUCCAGCCCCCGCGGCCUCAGCUUCCUCCAGCGCCUACCCCUCUCUGGCCGCCCCGCCCCCGCCCGAGACGGUGACCGCCAGCAACUCCGCCGGGGCACCCAGCUCAGCCCCAGCAUCCCGACCCACCUCCGCCUAUCCCACUGUUGGCGCUUCCGCGACACCUGCCUUCGGCACGCCGAACGCGCCCGCGCCUGCGCCCGCUGCAUCACCCUACGGCGGAGGCUACCCGCCCCCGCCCGCACCUGCAGGCCAGGCACAACCGUCGGCAUACACGUACGGCCAGCCGUCCGCGAACCCGCAGCAGCGUCCCGCCACGGCGCCGGCCCCGGCCUACAUGCCGCCGACCACCUACGCGCCGGCGCCCACAAACGGUGGGCGGAGGCGGCGCGCGCUGCUGGUGGGAUGCGGCUACCCCGGCACCCGUGAGGCGCUGAACGGCUGCCUGAACGAUGUGAACUGCAUUAAGUUCUGCCUGAUGAACCGCUUCGGCUUCACGGAGCAGCAGAUCCUAAUACUGCGUGACGACACGCGCCAGCCCGACUUCAUUAGCACCAAGGCCAACAUCUUCCGGGGCAUCCAGUGGCUGAUGACGGACCAGCAGCCCGGUGACUCGCUGUUCUUCCACUUCUCGGGCCACGGCUCGCAGCAGUACGACCGCAACGGCGACGAGGAGGACGGCUACGACGAGACCAUCUGCCCCACCGACUUCCGGCGCGCGGGCCAGAUUGUGGAUGACGAGCUGAACCGCAUGAUGGUCCAGCCGCUCAUGCCCAACGUGACGCUUCACGCGGUAAUUGACGCGUGCCACUCCGGCACGGCGCUGGACCUUCCCUACCGCGCAAAGGUCGACCACAGCGGCCGCUGGUACUGGAAGGGCCGGGCGCGCUACGACAAGUGCACGCGCGGAGGCACGGCGUUUCAGUUUGGCGCUUGCAAGGACAGCCAAGUGGCGGCGGACACCAAUAAGCUGUCCGGCAAGGCGUACACGGGCGCCGCCACCUUCAGCUUCAUCGAGGCCAUUGAGAAGUAUGGCGUGCAGCAGACAUACGGCGUGCUACUGGGGCACAUGAUGCAGACGCUGCGCGCCAUGAACGGCGGCAUGGUGUCCAGCGGCGCCACCGGCAUUCUGGCCAGCCUGUUGCUGGGCAGCAGCAUCAGCAGCGGCCAGGAGCCGGUGCUCAGCUGCGACAAGCAGGUCGACCUCUAUGCCAGCCGCCUUAACAUCUAAAUUAAUAUUGGCUGAAGCCGUGCCGCGUCUGCGAAAGGCCGUCGGAGUACUCCGUGAGCCAGGAUGGGCGAUGCAGGCUAUGGACGGAUGGAACUGAACACAGUCAUUUGUGUGACAUUGAAUACGCAUUGUGAGCACCGGAGACUGCUUACCUCCUUGGUUCUUAGGUCAAUGUGAUGGCGUCGAGGACAGUAGGCUAUCUGGUUUGGGUCGGAUGAAGCGUACAGACAGGAACAUCAUCACGUCAGCCAUUGUCGUCGGCUCGCCGCCACCGCAGGGACCCCUUGCGUGGGAGUGACCGCGAUGGGCACUUCACACCAGCAACUGCUGAGCCCAAAGGAUUUCGGUAGACUAAUAUGCAUUGUAUUUACGGUGCUCAAGAAACUCGCCUGGGGUUUCGGGUCAUCGGACGGCGGAGAGUGGAGACGCAGUCAUGGGCGUGUUGAUAAUCGCAGGCAGGAGUUCAGGACUUUGCUGUGGCAGGCUUUUCAAAAGUGUCAAUUGCACCGUUAUGCGAGGGUGCUCGCGCCAGUCGUGUUUACCUGUUAGGCAUUUAGAGGCUGGUAAUCUGGGGUCGUGUGUCGGGGCCUCUCUUAUAUGUUAGCGGGCUGCGGCGGCCGUACGUUGGGCCCCAACGGAAGCAGCAACGGCCCCUGGUGAUGUGUACCGUCCGCCUGCCGCUAAAGUCCUCAGAAUAUGUACUCGGGGUGAACAGGAAUGUAAUGCUGAUGCGCAAGCUGUUUGCCUAGAUGAGGGGAUAUCGCGUGCGGCGCCGCGCUGGAAUAGGAUACUGGGUUGCGUCACGUGCGUGUAUCGCCGGCCUACACCACGCGGUAACCCCAACCCAAGGCGGGGCCUGCUGACCCCAGGGCCCCAGCCCUGGCCCCCCGUCAUCCCCGGGUCGGGCCCUGUACGUUAUUUGAAGGCACGAGUACACCAGCUCUAUCAUGAG